UAGGUUCGUUUGUAUCUCUUGAUAAUCUCCCGUUCUUUUUCUAAAACAACUGCGCAAAAGUGGAUGCGCAGAGAAGAAUGGUGAGGCUGGAAAGGUUCUUGAUUCUUGAAUUGGAGAAAGAAAAAGCUUUUGAAUUGAGAGACGACUGUUGACUGUGCUAUGUGCAUUGUGUUUGGCCUCUAUGACCACGUUUAUUCACACUUGCUCACACUCACAUUACCUUCAAAGUUGAUAAACAGAUAAAUACUAUCCACGUGCAAUAUAAUUAGCGAUGGGAAAAACGUCUAAAGACAAACGUGAUAUAUAUUAUCGUCGAGCGAAGGAGGAGGGUUGGAGGGCAAGAAGUGCAUUUAAAUUACUCCAAAUAGAUAAUGAAUGCCACAUAUUAGAUGGGGUGAAUAAAGCAGUAGACUUGUGUGCAGCACCGGGCAGUUGGAGCCAGGUGUUGUCGCGAAGAUUAAAUGAGAAUUAUAAGAAAGCUUUGGAAACUGCAAAUGCGACACCAGCUCCAAAAAUUGUUGCUGUUGACCUACAAGCAAUGGCAUCCUUGGAAGGGGUUAUACAAAUGCAAGGAGAUAUUACUAAUGUUACUACAGCAGAGCAAAUUAUUGCACAUUUUGAUAAUGAACAAGCUGACUUGGUAGUGUGUGAUGGAGCACCUGAUGUUACAGGGCUUCACGACAUGGAUAUUUAUAUUCAAUCCCAACUAUUGCUGGCUGCCCUAAAUAUUACAACUCAUAUACUACGAAAAGGAGGCACAUUCGUAGCAAAAAUAUUCAGAGCUAAAGGUGUUUCAUUACUUUAUUCUCAGUUAAAAAUAUUUUUUCCAUAUGUUUAUUGCACAAAACCUAGUAGUUCAAGGAAUUCAAGCAUAGAAGCUUUUGUUGUGUGCAAAGAUUAUUCACCCCCCGAAGGUUACAAACCUAAUAUGUUAAAUCCACUCCUGACCCAUAAAUCAUGUGAUUUUAAUGAAUUGAUUGGAGUCAAUAGGGUCGUUGUACCGUUUGUCGUUUGCGGUGACCUUAAUCAACCGGAUUCCGACACCUGCUAUCCGCUGAAUUACGGAGGCAAGGAGUACAAGUAUCACGAACCAGUACAAACACCAAUCGCACCGCCGUAUGAACAGGCCUUAUCUUUAUUAGAAAACAGAGAUACAGAUUUCAGGAAAGCUGACGUUAGUGUCGUAAUAGACAAUAUAAACUCAAUGACUAUUUCAGACUUCAAAGAGCAAGCGAAACGAAAACGUAAAGAAACAAAUGAAAAAUUAGCACAUCAGGAUACUGUUGAAUUAACUAGUAAAGAUACAUUAGAUCUUACAGAGUGUGCAUCAUUAUUAGACAGUAAAAGUGAAGAUGAUGAAUGAAAGAAAUUUAAUAUUGUUAAAUUAUGUAAAUAUAUUGUUACGACGAUAACGUAAAAAUAGGGACUGUGAAGUUAACAGCGACGAAGAUUGGACUUCUAGAAAAAACAAUGGACCAAUCCCGAGCUAUUCAUUGCGAUUUGCAAAAGAAACGUUACAUGUUUCGUGUUGUAUACGUAGUUUUAUUAUAUGAAUAUAGCGCAAACUUAGGAUUCGUACAGACAUUGCAUCUUAUGGGCUUUUCUGUUUGAGUUUGGAGGGGCUUUAAGAGCCCCCUUAUCAUUUCAUGUUGCGCUCAGCGUUACCGAUAGUUCACGAAAAAUGGACACAUUAGCGAGCAGCGAAUAUCUUGUAUAUUUCAUUCCUACUACAGGUGCUGAAUAUUAUUUGGAGGAAAUAAGUGUAUACGGCACGAACAUUUAAAGAUGGAAAUUGUAUUUAUGAAACAUGUACUAUACAUAGAAAUACGAUAUAAGGUGUAAUUAUUUUUAUGUAGAAUUGAGCAAUUAUUUCUACUAAUUAUAAAAUUAGUGAUGGUAUACAUAUAGCAAUAGUUUUAUACAUUUUGUCUCGCAGAUGGCAAUUGACAAGAUUAAUUUUAUAAGCUUUACAGUGCAACAAGAGCAUUGCAUGCAAUGUUUGUACAGAUUCAAAGUUUGUGAUAUUAAGUUGUUGCAAAAGUAAUAUAGGUUUUCUAUAUUUGCAAAAUCGAAAUUACAUUUGCAACAACACAAUAGAUACUAUCUGGUAAAAUUUUUCCAACUCGUCAAAUUAUCAAGAUGAAGUUCGUAGCUGAAAAUUCAGAAGAGAUUACAUGAUGUAAACUAUCUAAAUAUCUAUAAUUAUAACAAAAGUGGUUAGUUAUUAAGGCGUUACAGUAAUUUCUCUCGUAUUGUUCCUCAGCUUGGAACGUUAUACUUAUUUAAACCAUUUAUUUCAUAGCAAGGCUGAGGAAAAAUAGAUUUUCGGAAUAAUAAAUGGACAAAUACCCUUUUUGAAAUAUUAGUUACAUAUGGAUAUUACGUAGUUAAAUAUAUUUGAAAUGCUAUUUCCAUAUGUAUAACUACUAUUUCACAAAAAGUUUUUAUUUGCCAAAUUCUGUAUUACAUAAGAAGAUAAAAUUGUUUACAGUCUA